AUGGGUUCGAUGGGGCCCGCCGCCGGGAAGCCGCACGCGGUGUGCCUGCCGUACCCGGCGCAGGGGCACAUCACCCCGAUGCUCAACGUCGCCAAGCUGCUCCACGCCCGGGGCUUCCACGUCACCUUCGUCAACACCGAGUACAACCACGCGCGUCUCGUCCGCUCCCGCGGCCUCGCCGCCGUGGCCGGCCUCCCGGGCUUCCGCUUCGCCACCAUCCCCGACGGCCUGCCGCCGUCCGACGACGACGACGUCACGCAGGACAUCCCGGCGCUCUGCAAGUCCACCACGGAGACCUGCCUCGGGCCCUUCCGCAGCCUUCUCGCCCGGCUCAACGACCCCGCCGCGGGCCACCCGCUGGUCACCUGCGUCGUCUCCGACGUCGUCAUGGGCUUCUCCAUGGAGGCUGCCAACGAGCUCGGCCUCACCUACGUCCAGCUCUGGACCGCCAGCGCCAUCAGCUACCUCGGGUACCGCCACUACCGCCUCCUCAUCGGCCGGGGCAUCGUCCCACUCAAAGGUACAUAUGCCGAGCAGCUGACGAACGGAUACCUUGACAUGCCGGUGGAAGACGUGCCUGGCCUGAGGAGCAUGAGGCUCAGGGACUUCCCGUCCUUCAUACGCACCACUGACCCGGACGAGUACAUAGUGCACUACGUCCUAAGGGAGACGGAGCGCACGGCCGGCGCGUCUGCCGUCAUCCUCAACAGCUUCGCCGACCUGGAGGGCGAGUCGGUGGAGGCCAUGGAGGCGCUCGGCCUGCCCAAGGUGUAUACGCUCGGCCCUCUCCCGCUGCUGGCGCGCGAGGAGCCGCCCACGCCGCGCUCCGCCAUCAACCUCAGCCUGUGGAAGGAGCAGGAGGAGUGCCUGCAGUGGCUGGAAGGCAGGGAGCCCGGCUCCGUCGUGUACGUCAACUUCGGCAGCAUCACCGUCAUGACCAGCGCGCAGAUGGUGGAGUUCGCGUGGGGGCUGGCGCAGAGCGGGAAGCAGUUCAUGUGGAUCGUCCGCCGAGACCUGGUGAGAGGCGACGCCGCCGUGCUCCCCGAGGAGUUCCUGGCCGAGACGGCGGGGCGCGGGCUCAUGGCGUCCUGGUGCCCGCAGCCGGAGGUGCUGGACCACCCCGCCGUGGGCGCCUUCCUAACGCACAGCGGCUGGAACUCGGCCCUGGAGAGCUUGUGCGGCGGCGUGCCAGUGAUCAGCUGGCCUUUCUUCGCCGACCAGCAGACCAACUGCAGGUACCAGUGCAACGAGUGGGGCGUCGGCAUGGAGAUCGAUAGCAACGUCCGGCGCGAUGCCGUCGCGGGACUUAUCACGGAGAUCAUGGAAGGGGAGAAGGGGAAGGGGAUGAGGAAGAGAGCGGCGCAGUGGAAGGACAGCGCGGUCAAGGCGGCCAUGCCUGGCGGCUCGUCUCACCGCAACUUCGACGGGCUGGUCCGCGACGUGCUCCUGCCCAAGAACUAG